AACCAUGGUCGCACUCUCCCACCUCAUCGCAUCCGCAGCCCUCGCAGGCGCAUCCAUCGCAGCACCAGGCAGACGUACAACCCACCAGCACCACGCACGAGGCUAUGACCUCUCUGGCAUCAACUGGGGAGAUGCCCUCAAGAACAAAGACUGGUCCAAUGUCAACUUUGGCGGUCAAUCACACUGAUCGCACCGGUCGACAACAUUGUCAAAGCAGCUGUUGCACCCACCCUCCGUACCUCCACCACCGCCCCCAUCGCUGCACCUACACCUGUUUCCGGUGGUGGCUUACAAAUGUCUCCCAGUGGCAGCGAGUAUGCUAUUCAAGUUGUCAACAACUGUGCCUUUGAUAUCUGGCAAGCUGGCUGGCAAACUAACAAAGCCGGUGGUAUCGUUGACCCACGUGUCCUUGGUAAUGCCAUGCCUGCCGGUAGCAGCAUUACCCUCGCCAUUCCCAAAUCAGCACUCGGUCUACAAAUCUGGGCACGUACAGGGUGUACGGGUUCGGGAUCUUCCUUCACCUGUGCAGUAGGUGAUUGCCAAGGCUACCAAUGUUCCUCUAUCAUUUGGCAGAAAGGUCCUAUCCUUGCUGAAUUCGGAUCAGGUCUGAACACCGACAUGUACAACACCGACAUCACAGCCUAUGACAUCUCUGCCAUCCCUGGAAACAACGUCGGCUGCAAGAUUGUUCCCUCUGUUUCAUCGUGUCAAACGAAAUACUGCCCAUUGGGUGGAUGUGCAUUGGAUCAAGCGUGGCGUGAAGACUCAGACAUGCACCUCGGAUCACCGGCUGAUACCGUUUGCAAAAACACAAGUAACUUUGUCGUUACUUUCUGUCCUGCUUGAUUAGGAGUCGGUCUUGUCCUUCUCUCUGUCGUGUCAAUUAUUCACAAAGGGGCGUCCACGUGGCUAGUCUGUUGUAAUCUCGGUAGGUGUUCAAUCUCUUUCGUAGUCAAAUUAUCGGUUGGAAAUCAUUGCAUCUUUUGUAUUAGAUGG